UUGCUACUCGCAUUUCGACAAUAGCGGUUGUUAUAUGUGCAACAGCGACUCGUUCAAUAGAAUGUUCGAAAAAAAAAAUCGUCGGGAAUUCAAAGUGAAAUAGUUUGUGAUAACAAUCGAAUACAUAAACAUCGAUUUAACCUUAAAUUAUGAUUUACAAACUAACAAAACAUUGAGUGAAUAAGAAUAUUCUCAGUAAUAAAAAGUGCCUUUUUAGAUAAAAAAAGAGGAAUAUUUCAAUACAAUUUUUGCUGGUGCUCACUCAUUUACUGUGCUGUAGUCGAUUUUAUCUUCACUGAAAAAUAUAUAAUUGUUUCAAUGGAGUAUUUAAAAGCGAAACAACUGCCAAAAAAUCCACGUGAAUCAGCGAACUGUUUAUCGUUUCUGUGUUUUUGUUGGGUAUUUCCAGUGUUUUUCAAAGGACGCAAACGUGAACUGGUUCAAGAUGAUUUGUAUCAAGCGCUGGACAGCCACAAAUCAAACGUUCUCGGCGAUAAGCUCAGCAAAGCGUGGAACAACGAAAUUAAAAAGAGUGAACAAAAUGGUAAAAAGCCAAGUCUACUGAAAGCUAUACUGAGUGUUUUUGGAUGGCAAAUUUUGUUGUUGGGCCUGAUAUUAGCAUGCUUAGAAUUUUUCCUAAGAGUACAACAACCGCAAUACCUUGGAGCGCUCGUUGCCCAUUUUAGCAGGGUAUCCGCAAAUAUGACGAACACAACAGUAACCCAACCGAUUUUCCUUGGCGGUCUAAUUUCGUAUUAUUCGGGCACUGGAUCGACCAUUUAUGAUGCAUAUGGAUACGCAGCUGCUGUCGUCCUGACAAGUGCCAUCAACGUCGUUUUGAUGCAUCCAUUCGUUCUCGGUCAAUUGCAUUGUGGUAUGAAGAUUCGAGUGGCAGUAUGUAGUAUGAUCUACAGGAAAGCGCUGAAACUAAGCAAAAAUGCGUUGGGUGAUACGACUGCUGGACAAGUGGUCAAUUUGAUUUCCAACGAUGUUGCUCGCCUUGAUCUGUCCAUCAUGUUUAUCCACCACUUGUGGGUGGGGCCAUUGGAAACGAUUGUUGUUACUUAUUUAAUGUAUCGUGAGAUUGGAAUUUCGUCUGUGAUCGGCGUUGCCUUUCUACUAGCCUUUAUACCUCUGCAAGCCUUUCUCGGUAAGAAGACAUCGAGUUUGCGAUUGAAAACGGCACUGAGAACCGACGAACGAGUGCGAAUGAUGAAUGAAAUUAUUCAGGGAAUUCAGGUUAUAAAAAUGUAUGCGUGGGAGAAACCGUUCGGAAAGAUGGUAGCGAUGGCUAGAAAAAAAGAAAUCAGGGUGAUCCGAUAUGUGUCUUAUAUCCGUGGUAUAUUGCUGUCCUUCAUUAUGUUCACAACAAGAGUGUCGAUUUUCGUGAGUCUAGUCGCAUUUGCCUUACUCGGUAAUGUAGUAACUGCCGAGAAAGCAUUCGUUAUCACCGCUUACUAUAAUAUUCUCCGUCAAACGAUGACGGUAUUCUUCCCGCAAGGAAUCGGUCAAUUCGCCGAAACGCUCGUUUCCAUCCAGAGAGUCCAAAAAUACAUGCUGUACGAGGAGCAAUCAGAUAAGUCAUCGGAUAACUUCGCCGAUGAUGAAACUGACAUAGUCUUAAAGGAAAAGGUGAAGGAGAAAAUGUCGAAUGUCGAUUUUGAGGAUGAUAAGGUAUUCAAUGAUGAAAAACGAUAUUCUGCGCACUUAUCCGAGGCUGGCAUAAAUGUUAAAAAUGUGACCGCACGUUGGGAUAAAGAGAACACCGAAGAAACAUUGGAUAAUGUGAGUCUAUUGGUUCAACCGGGAACGUUGGCAUGCAUUAUCGGACCUGUCGGUUCUGGCAAAUCAAGUUUGAUACAAGCCAUUCUCGGUGAACUUAAGAUUGAUGCGGGAUCCAUAGAUGUCAACGGAGUCGUGUCGUAUGCUUCACAAGAGCCAUGGCUGUUUUCAGGAACUGUUCGAUCGAAUAUUUUAUUCGGUCUGCCAAUGAACAAGGAGCGCUACAAUAAAGUUGUGAGGAAAUGUGCGCUGGAACGUGAUUUUGACUUAUUCCCGUAUGGCGACAAAACAAUUGUGGGCGAGCGAGGAACAUCAUUAUCUGGCGGUCAAAAAGCGCGUAUAAGCUUAGCGCGAGCUUGUUAUCGUGAAGCUGAAAUAUAUUUAUUGGAUGAUCCACUGAGCGCUGUUGAUACUCACGUCGGAAAGCAUUUGUUCGAUCAAUGUUUACGUGACCUGCUGCGGAACAAAAUCGUCAUACUGGUCACUCAUCAAUUGCAAUACCUGCAACACGUUGAUCAGAUCGUAAUAUUGAACCACGGUCGAGUUGAAGGUGUCGGCACCUACGACAGUCUACGUGAAACAGGUCUGGAUUUUGCCAAAUUAUUAGCCGCUGAGAGUAAAGAUGAUGAAAAGGACGGAAGUAUGCAAAAAUCACGGUCCAACAGUAAGUUGAACAGACAAAGCAGUGAGGUGAGCACAACGUCACUGGAUGAUAAGGGAAACGAUAGCGCCAUGCAAGUGGAAGAGAAAAGUGCUGAAGGAGCCAUUGGCAUGUCGAUGUACAACAAAUACUUUAAGGCUGGCGGUGGAUUUUGCAUGUUCUACAUUAUGAUUGUGUUCUGUUUGAUGUCGCAGUUACUUGCUUCUGGUGGAGACUUUUUCGUAUCGUUUUGGGUCACAAAAGAGGAAAAACGCCAAGAAGAAAUCGUCGCCGAUUCCCGUAUGUUAAAUACAUCGAGUGUCACAAACGACUCACUGUACACAGAAACGACAACAUUGGGUCCUGAUGUCGGUUUCUUCAGCAAAUUCCUAUCAGAUAUUGGCCUGCGUAGCCUGGAAAAUGACGAACAAAUGAUUGAUAUUUACAUAUUUUCGGCAAUUACGGUAGCGACGGUGGUUAUAACUCUGUCUAGGAGUUUCUUGUUCUUCAGUUUAGCAAUGAAAGCUUCCACCCACCUGCACAACCUAAUGUUCCAAGGUGUGACACGUGCUACAAUGUUCUUCUUCAAUACAAAUCCUUCCGGCCGUAUAUUGAAUCGAUUCUCGAAAGACAUGGGUCAAGUGGACGAAAUCCUACCAUCAGUGAUGAUCGAUGUGAUUCAAAUUUUCCUCUCACUGGGCGGUAUCAUUGUCGUCGUCGCUAUUGUCAACUAUUGGUUCUUGGUGCCUACGCUCAUAAUCGGCGUCAUUUUCUACUUUUUGCGAAAUUUCUACUUGAUGACUUCGAGAAACGUCAAGCGAAUGGAAGCCACCACUCGGUCCCCUAUCUAUUCCCAUCUUGGCGCUUCGCUGAAUGGUCUUUCCACGAUACGUGCCUUUGGAGCGCAAGAAAUUCUUGUCAAGGAAUUCGACAGUCUGCAAGAUCUUCACAGUUCAGCGUUCUAUUUGUUUAUAUCGACAUCAAGGGCUUUCGGGUUUUGGUUGGACGUUUGGUGUGUUGUCUACAUAGCUAUUGUUACCUUGUCGUUCUUCCUAAUGGGAGAUGGAGGCGGUAAUGUUGGUCUGGCAAUUACCCAAGCAAUGGGAAUGACAGGAAUGGUACAAUGGGGAAUGCGUCAGUCAGCGGAACUGGAAAACACAAUGACUGCAGUUGAACGUGUGGUUGAAUACGAAUCGGUCGAUCCGGAACCAGCACUUGAAACAAGCGAUUCCAGUAAGAAACCGCCAGCGGAAUGGCCAGAAAAUGGUGAAGUAAAAUUCGAUCGAGUGUCGCUAAGAUACUUCCCAGACCCUGGUACGGAUUUGGUGCUGAAGGAUCUCGAAUUUCAUAUCAUGCCGAAGGAGAAAGUUGGGAUUGUCGGUAGAACGGGAGCCGGGAAGUCAUCACUGAUCAACGCUUUGUUCCGUUUGUCUUACAACGAUGGUUCCAUCAUAAUUGACAGUCGUGACACAAAUUCCAUGGGCCUACACGAUCUUCGCACAAAAAUAUCGAUUAUUCCACAGGAGCCGGUACUGUUUUCCGGAACCAUGCGCUACAAUUUGGAUCCAUUCGAUGACUAUUCGGACGAUAAACUGUGGAGUGCAUUAGAAGAAGUAAAGCUGAAAGCUGCCGUCCAAGAGUUGCCACAAGGAUUGAACAGUCGCAUAUCGGAAGGAGGCGGAAACUUUAGCAUAGGACAGAGGCAAUUGGUUUGUCUAGCAAGAGCUAUUCUGCGAGAAAAUCGAAUAUUAGUGAUGGAUGAAGCAACGGCGAAUGUGGAUCCGCAAACCGAUGCUCUCAUCCAAGCUACAAUUCGCGACAAAUUUGCCAAUUGCACGAUUUUAACAAUUGCACAUCGGUUACAUACAGUGAUGGACAGUGACAAAGUGCUGGUAAUGGAUGCUGGCCGUGCUGUCGAAUUCGGUUCGCCGUAUGAAUUGCUAACAACAAAAACCGGUCCACGAAUAUUCCACGGGAUGGUGCAAGAAACUGGCCGUGGCACAUACGACAAACUAUUUCAGAUCACUAAGCAACUGCACGAACAACGUCUGAAUAAGUCAGAUUAAAAAUAGAAAUCGAAUCAAAAUCUGGUUUAUCGCGAGCGGAGAUGGAUAUAAACGUGAUAUAUCACCGCUGUAUGAUAAUACGCAUUCCACAAAAAACAUUGUUUGUACACGCGUAAAUAUAAAUAUUGAGUGCAAAGCACUGGGUUUGUUUAAAAAAAAAUAUAUAAAUUUCAUGUUCUUAAUAAAAUGGCUGCCUUAAAUGUUCGUUAAAAUGGUGACUUAAUUUAGUGGUGCUACUUUGAUGAAACCAACGAACGAAAAUUACCUGUGCCGCUGAGCCAAAUUUAGUUUUAAAAAUUCCAUCAAUAGUCCUUGUACAAAACAGAGAAAAAUCGGCACAGUUUGUUCGCUCGUGAUGGUUUUCAUCAACAUCAUAAUUUAUAGACUUAAGUUUAAUAUCAUGCCGUUGUGUAUCAAAUAUUUACAAAAAAAAAAGAAGAAUUUUGUUGUUAAAAUUGAUAUAUUUAGUCCAGUGAGAUUUAUGUCGGACAAUAAAUUCGUCGAAAAUAAAUUUGUAAA